GGAAAAUUCAUCGGUUUUCCAAUAGCCAUAUGUUCUCUUUCUCGUUUCAUUUCUGUGCCUCUACCUUCUUCUGCAGAUAGAAGCCAUCGUCGUCUUCUCCAACUCUCAAGUUGAGUCUAAAGCCUUUAACUCUUCUCAUGCGAACCUCUUGGUUAGACGGGUCAAUUCCAUUUCUUGUAAACACGAAAGCCCUCCCUCAUUGUCGACUAGCACCCCCUCUUCUGCUUCAUCCCAGCUACACAAUAAUUUACAGUCUCCUUCCUCCUCCCUGCUGGCUCUUCAGACAGUUCGACGUCCAAAUCCCCUAUUCUCUAUCGGAUUAGAAUAGGGUUUAUCAAAAACGGAAGGCAAUGACAGCUCAGACAUUUGUAGUACUCUCUGCUCUUGUCAUGAUCUUACUUCAACCAGCUUUUCCACCAUCAGCUUUGGCAACAUUUCAAGCUACAUCAAAGGCUGGUGGUCCUGCUGCUGCUGCGGUUGGUAGGAAACUAAGCCAAACUGAGCUGCUAAGUAGUAAUUGGACCGGUUUCUUCACUUGUUGCUUGCACACGUUAUCAAGGCCUGACCACCUUGCGGCUUUGGCUCCAUUAUUCAUUGGUCGCAGCCGAAUGGAGAGUGCUGCUAUUGGAGCCCUGUGGGGUCGUGGCCAUGAUGCUGGUCAAGUCAUAUUUGGCUUAAUAUUUUUCCUUCUAAAAGAUCGACCUCACAUUGAGGUUAUCCGAACCUGGGGCACCCGGGUGGUUGGCCUCACCCUCCUUCUAAUCGGUGCUAUGGGAAUUGGGGAAGCUUCAGAAGUGCCAAUGCCAUGCGUUGCUUUCGAAAAUGGUGAAUGUGAUGUGAUGAGUGCAUAUGAAGCACUUCAGAAUCCAGCGGCAGGAAAGAAGAUCGGGUUUGCUACAGUGAUAGUUCAUGGUCUGCAGCCAGAUGCAUUGAUGAUGGUAUUGCCAGCCCUUGCUCUGUCUUCUCGCUUGGCAGGUGCUGCAUUUCUUGUCAUGUUCUUGCUCAGGACAAUAGUUGCAAUGGGAAGCUAUACAGUUUUCUUAGGUUCAUGUAGUGAGGCUCUGAAAGAUUAAGUACCUAGAAUAACUGAGAAGCUCACUUGGGUUUCUUCCCUUGUUGCAAUAGCCUCGGAUUUUCCAUCCCCGUUAGCCAGUCUUUGGGGCAUAGCUUUUAUUAAUGCCUCUUUUAAGACAAGUCUCUCUAUUUUUGAAGCAUAUUAAUGGACAGAAGAGAAAGCAGGGGCCUGAGAGAUAUUGGAUUGUUUAGAGCAGGUCUAUUGUUGUUCCCGCAGCAUCUGAGAUUGAUCGCUGUCAUUGUUUCUUGACUCGGGUGUGUAUAACUUCAUCUAUGUAUUCAAGGAACACUUCUGCA